AUGGAAGUGGAACCAAGCCCACCAAUGGUGGCCAAAAAAUUGUGGAACUUAGUACGCGUAGUGUUCUUCAUGGUGAGAAAAGGGUUAUCAAAGAGCAAGCUACUUGUUGACCUCCAUUUAAUGCUCAAACGCGGCAAGCUUGCAGGCAAGGCCAUAGCCCACAACUUCAUGCUCCACCACUCCUCCGGCUUCAGCUGCCGCUCCAACGACGCCGUUUCCUUCAUAACACCCCGAGAAUACGAGUUCAGCUGCAGCAACAGCCCCGCCAUUCACAACCCUUUUCAUUUCAACAAGCGCAACAAACACCACCACCACUAUUUUACCAAGACCGCCAGAGCCUACCAAUACGACGACGUUACCACAAUGAAUGCAGUUCAGAAGGUGCUGGAGAUGCUAAACAAUGAGAUGGUGGCGGAGGCGUCGCCGUUAGUGACGUUGCCGGGGUUUGGGAAGAGCCCCAUGGUGAGGCAGCUGAGGAUAACGGACUCUCCGUUUCCGUUAAAGGAGGAAGGGGAUAGCCAGGUGGACAAGGAAGCUGAGGAGUUUAUUAAAAGGUUUUAUAAAGAUCUCAAGUUGCAGAAAAGAUCGGCUGUUCUUGAAUCUCCAUCAUACCAUGCCAUGCGUGGUCGAUGA